GCCGGGUGCAGUGGCGUGCGCCUGUAAUCCAAGCUGCUGGGAGGCUGAGGCUGGCGGACCGCUUGAGCUCAGGGGUUCUGGGCUGCUGUGGACUAUGCCGAUCGGGUGUCCGCACUAAGUUCGGUAUCGAUAUGGUGCUCCUGGGGGAGCCCGGGACUACCAGGUCGUCUAAGGAGGGGUGAACCGGCCCAGGUCGGUGACGGAGCAGGUCAAAGCCCCCGUGCCGAUCAGUAGUGGGAUCGCGCCUGUGAAUAGACGCUGCAGUGCAGCCUGAGUAAUACAGCGGGACUCAGUCUUUUGUGUGUGUUUUUUUUUUGAGUUUCUCAUUUUAAACGGGAUUGCAUUAAUUAAUUAUCUCUAAAUUAAUCUUUUUGGCCGAACUUUUAACUUUAUUGGGUACAUUAGUCAACCUUUCUACCUCCAAAAUUAAAAAUAUGUUCACGGAUGCUUUUAAUUGACAUUUUUUUCACAAAAUUUGGUUCAUUUUAAUUCCAUUUCAGUGGCCAGAAAAGAAGUGAUGCAGUGCCCCCUCUGUUUACGAAAUUGAAUUACACCUGAAUUUUGUGCAACACGAAUCACUGAACCAAUAGGAGUCGCUGUUCGCAUUAUUUUUGUAAUUCAUUUCAUGACCUGGAUAUCCCCCCAUGAUUAAUCCAUUCUCAGCGGCCCAGGUUUCUGCUAAAUUAGUUUUUGUUGUUUGUUUGUUUAUUUGUUUUUAGGAAAUAUGUCGCGGUAUGAUUGACUUUUCACAUUGAGCCUGCAAUCACAUGGUUCACUGUGAGACCAAGACGGAUUUCCAAAAGACAAUAACGGUGUACCCACUCAGUCAGUACGGGACCCACAGACUGCCAUUAAGAUCCAAGGCAUGAGAAAAAACAAACAGACGCACACCCUUUCAAUUACAUAAAUCAGAUGACACUGAGGAUGAGGAGGACAUGCUUGCCAAGGAAGGAGGGAAUAAAAGGGAUGAAAGAUGAGUAAAGUGUGGGAGAAAGAAAAGUCAGGGUGACCGACAUAUGACGAACCGCCAUGCCUGAACCGAAGAAGCCAGAUGCCAAGGGAGGGAAGGAGAAAGCUCCCCCUGCUGAUAAGCCUGCAGAAGAAUUGCCUGAGGAUGAACAUGUUCCAGGAGAACAGCCUCAGAUGUCUGAGACAAGUGGCCUGUUUGUGGAGAAGCCUCAGAGUGUCACUGUCAAUAAAGGGAAAAAUGUCACAUUUGUGGCUAAGGUGGACUCCUCUCAGAUGCUAAGGAAGCCAACUAUGAAGUGGUUGAAGGGGAAAUGGCUGGAUCUGGGCAGCAAGGCUGGAAAACACCUACAGUUCAAAGAAAUCUAUGAUAGGAACACCAAAAUAUACACCUAUGAGAUGACCAUUGUUAAGGUUGUGGAUGGGGAUGCUGGAGGUUACCGUUGUGAGGUCACAUCCAAAGACAAGUGUGACAUCUGCACAUUUGAAAUCGCCGUCGAAGCUGCUGAAGAGACGACGCAAACAAACAUUUUGGAGGCAUUCAAACGUUCGGGAGAUGCAGGAGAGGAUGCAGGUGAUCUGGACUUCAGUGGUUUACUCAAGAAAAGGGAGAGGAAGCAAAAGGAGGAGCCUGAGGUGAGUGUGGAUGUCUGGGAGAUCCUGAAAAAUGCCAAACCAUGCGACUAUGAGAAGAUCGCCUUUGAGUACGGCAUCACUGAUCUCAGGGGCAUGCUCAAAAGACUCAAGAAGAUGAGGAAGGUGGAGCCCAAAAAGAGUGAUGCUUUCCUAAGGAAGAUGGAACCUGCUUACUCUGUGGAAAAAGGAAAGAGAAUACAGCUUAGUGUUGAGCUGUCUGACCCUAACGCUCAAGUCAAAUGGCUGAAAAAUGGACAGGAGAUCAAACCCUCAGCCAAAUAUAUCUUUGAGAGUGUAGGUGGUAUCCGUAAGCUCACUAUUAACAAGUGCACCCUUGCCGAUGAUGCCGCGUAUGAAUGUGUGAUUGGAGAGGAGAAGAGUUUCACUGAGGUCUUUGUCCAAGAACCCCCUGUCACCAUCACUAAGAUGUUGGAUGACAUCCAUGUUGUGGUUGGGGAGAAGGUGGAGUUUGAGGUGGAAGUGUCUGAAGAGGCUGCCAAUGUGAAAUGGAUGAAGGAUGGAGUGGAACUGAGCCGAGAUGGAAAGUAUCGCUUUAAGAAAGAUGGGACAAAGCACUGGCUCAUCAUCAAUGAGGCGACCGCAGAGGACAUAGGAACAUACUAUGUGUACACUAGCGGAGGGGAGUCCAAGGGAGAGCUGGACGUGGAAGAGAAGGAACUGGAGGUUUUGCAGAGUAUAGCUGAUCUGACAGUGAAGGCAGCAGAGCAGGCUGUCUUCAAGUGUGAAGUGUCUGAUGAGAAAGUGAUUGGCAAGUGGUACAAGGAUGGUGUGGAGGUCAUUCCCAGUAACCGCAUCAAAAUGACACACACCGGCAGGACUCACAAGCUGGUGAUAGAUGACGUGAAGCCUGAGGAUGCAGGAGAUUACACCUUUGUACCAGAUGGAUACGCUCUUUCCCUUUCAGCCAAACUCAACUUUUUGGAGAUCAAGAUUGAUUAUGUUCCUCGUCAAGAACCACCCAAAAUCCACCUGGACACCACUGGCAGCAUGGUCAACAAAAACACCAUUAUCGUCGUUGCAGGAAACAAGCUCCGGUUUGAUGUCGACAUUACAGGGGAGCCCCCUCCCACUGUCUGCUGGAAAAAAGGAGAUACGGAGAUCUCUGAAGCUGAAGGCCGUGUGAGAGUGGAGACCAGGAAGAAUCUGAGCUGCUUUGUUAUUGAAGGGGCAGAGAGAUCCGAUGAAGGCCUUUAUCAUAUCACUGUAAUCAACCCAGCAGGAGAGGACAAGGCUGAUAUCAUGGUUAAGAUAGUUGAUGUGCCUGAUCCACCUGAGAAUGUGAAAUGCACUGGAGUGGGUGAGGACACAGCUGCUAUCCAGUGGGAUCCACCCAAAUUUGAUGGUGGAGUUCCAGUGAAAGGUUACCUAAUGGAGAGGAAGAAGAAGGGCUCUUCCAGAUGGACAAAGCUGAACUUUGACAUUUAUGAGUCCACAACAUAUGAGGCUAAAAAGAUGAUUGAGGGUGUGCUAUAUGAGAUGAGGGUGUUUGCGGUUAAUGGCAUUGGCAUCUCCCAGCCCAGCGCCAGCUCCAAACCUUUCAUGCCCAUUGCUCCAACUAGUGAACCAACACGACUGAUGGUGGACGACGUUACAGAUGGCUCCUGUGCUCUAAAGUGGCUUCCCCCCGAGAGGAUUGGAGCUGGUGGCAUCGACGGGUACAUCAUUGAAUAUUGCAUUGAGGGAGCCACUGAGUGGGUGCAGGCCAACGAGACCCCUGUUGAGAAGAAUAGUUACAGGGUCAGAGGGCUGCCUGUUGGAGAGAAGAUGCUGUUCAGGGUGACAGCUGUGAACAUCGCUGGCCGUAGCCUUCCAGCUGUGUUGGCUCAAUCUGUCACCAUUCGGGAGAUUGUUGAGCGUCCUAAAAUCCGCCUCCCUCGGCAGCUUAGGACUAAGUACAUCAAACGAGUGGGUGAGAAGGUCAACCUUGUCAUUCCCUUCCAGGGCAAACCCCGUCCAAUGGUGACCUGGUUCAAGGAUGGUGCACCUAUAGACACAGGGCUGGUGAAUAUCCGCACAAGUGGUGUCGACACCAUCCUGUUCAUCAGGCAGGCAGUCAGAGAGCACUCCGGCCUGUACACCCUGUCCGUGCAGAUUGAGAAUAUGGAGGACAAAGCCAACCUUGAGAUCCAGGUUGUAGACAAGCCAGGGCCACCGAUGGCUGUCACUGUAACUGAUGUUUGGGGUUUCAAUGCUGCUUUGGAAUGGAAGCCUCCAAAAGACAAUGGCAACGCAGAGAUCACUGGCUAUACCAUCCAAAAAGCCGACAUGAAAACCAAGGAGUGGUUCACUGUUCUUGAACACAAUCGCAGACCUAGUUGCACCGUGUCAGAUCUGGUGAUGGGGAAUGAAUACACCUUUCGUGUGUUCAGUGAGAACAUCUGUGGCAUGAGCGAUGAUGCUGGCAUCAGCAAAAACACCGCUGUCAUCGCCAAAACAGGUCUUAAACAAAAAGAACAACCCUACAAGGAAAAAGAUAUGACCAGCUCUCCUAAAUUCAUCACACCUCUGGUGGACAGGUCCGUCAUCGCAGGUUACAGCGCUGCCAUCAGCUGUGCUGUCCGUGGGUACCCAAAACCAAAGAUUAUAUGGAUGAAAAAUAAGAUGAUUAUUGGAGAGGAUCCAAAGUUUCUCAUGCAGAAUAAUCAGGGUGUGCUGACUUUAAACAUCCGUAAGCCCAGCUUGUUUGAUGGAGGGAAGUAUACAUGCAGAGCCAUUAAUGACCUAGGACAGGAUGAAGUGGAGUGCAAGCUGGAAGUUCGAGUUAUAACAGAAAAGGAGGAGGCAAAGAAGCAAACAAAUUAGCAUGAAGAUACCCUAAAGACGGCUGAAAAGGGGGCACCAAGAGAGUGUCAAAAAGCAAUACAAAAAAAAUUUGAAUGAUUGAUUUGGAAUAAAAUUGUUAUAAUGCUGUCUUUCCUUUGCCUUUUAAUUUUGACUCUAACAAAAAGUACUGUGGUGAUACCUGAUAAUACAAUGGUACUCAAGGAUAUCCUUUACUCAUUUACCUUGGUAUUUACAUAGUACUUCAAAAAACACCAAACAACUAUGGUAGUACCGGUACUUUUUUUCUGUUAGUGUAAUCAGACUAAUAUAGUGUCAUAAACUAGGUUUUUUCUUCUCCAAGUAUGCUUUGACUGUAUUUCUAGUUAAAUUGCUUGAAAUAAAAGCACAUUAAAACAA